AUGCGUCUUUCUGUGGUAGUAUCUUUGUUAUUUUCCGUCAUUCCACUGGGAUUGGCGGCCGCGCCUCCUGCACCCCCACCUCCUCCGCCUCCUCCAUCGCCACCUGCUCCAGUUAGCUUCACUCCAGACUUCACCAACGUCACUGUCUUCACCCCGCCGUCUACCUGGGGAUCCAAGAGGACCUCGUACGCGCGCAAGACAGUGCUUCGACAUGACUGCUCGAACACCAUCCUCGCAGUAUUCUCAGCGUCUUUCCCUGGACCUGCUUCCAUCCCUGUUUUCCAGUCGACGGACGGCGGAAAGACAUGGUCCAUGUUGAGCCAGAUAUUUUUUAAUACCGGCAACUACAACGGUGGCAGCAUCGCACAACCAUUCAUCUACGAGCUACCAGAGGCUGUGGGCAAGUUCCCUGCUGGGACGAUACUUGCAAGUGGAAACGGCAUCCCUCAAGGCGGAGCGAGCACGAACAUCGAAGUGCACGCUUCUCUCGAUAAGGGAAAAACAUGGGAGUUCGUCUCACUGGUUGCCACCGGUGCAGCACCCAACACCGCCAAUGGAGCUCACCCUAUCUGGGAACCUUUCAUUCUCUACCACCAAGGUCAAGUUGGCGUCUUCUACUCCGACCAACGUGACCCUCUCCACGGCCAAAAGCUCGCACACCAACAGUCCUCCGACCUCAUAACCUGGGGCACGGUUGUAGAUGACGUCGCAAUGGCCAACUACACUCUCCGCCCUGGGAUGACCACCAUUGCCCAGAUCGGGAACGGUAAAAACACCAAGUUCAUGCUGAGUUACGAGUUGGGAUUAGCGCCCGGACCCGUACCCUACGCCGUGGGAUACAGGCUCAGCGACUCACCUUUUACAUUUGGGGACAAGGCGGACCUUCAGAUUGUAGCUUCAGACGGGACGGUGCCCGCUGCUGGUCCUUAUACCAUCUGGUCCCCAGUUGGUGGGCCACAAGGAACGAUUGUGGUUUCAGAUUCAACUUACGCGCAGGUGUUCACGAACACGGCGGGAGGCGACCCAGCGAAGUGGGUCAAGCAGGAGGUCGCACCCGACCAGGGUAUUAGUUAUACAAGGAGUUUGACGUUGAUGCCUGAUUCUCAGGGAAAGAAAGUGUUGUUUGGGAAUGGAGGGUAUUAUGGAUUGAGCUCUGCGUUUGUUACGGUGGGAGAGUGGAUUAUUCCGGGUGCUCCUGUCAAGGACGAGCAAUGCGUUCCUGGUGCUUAG